AGUACAUUUUUUUUUACCGAACAGCUGACAAUGACAGCUUACAGUUACCGUCCUCCUUAAAUUGUUUUUGAGGUUAUUUAUUUAUUUUCGCAGAAAGAAUUAUCAAGAUAAUUGAAAGUAGAGUAUCAUUUUAUGUAUCAUGUCGAAGUCAGUAUCUCGGUUAAAGUCUAUGAAAAAAGUGGCAGACAAGAUAGAACAUACUUCAAAACUGAGGACUCAUGUUCCUGCUGGUAUGGCUGCUCCCGGACCUCCUUUGGGUCCUAUGCUUGGUCAGCGAAACAUUAACAUAGCAGCAUUUUGCAAAGAUUUCAAUGAACGCACUGCCAAUAUAAAGCCAGGAAUACCAUUGCCAGUUAGAGUAAAAGUUAAUGCUGAUCGUUCAUACCAACUGACUAUUCACCAACCACCAGCAUCCUACUUUUUAAUGCAAGCCGCAGGUAUAAAUAGGGGGGCUAUGGAACCUGUUAGGGAGAACAGUGGUAAAAUAACAUUUAAACAUGUUUAUGAAAUAGCCAAAAUAAAAUCCCAAGAUCCGACACUGGAAUGGAAACCACUAAAGGAAAUCUGCACAAUGUUAUUGGCCACGGCUAGAACUUGUGGCAUAGAAGUUGUCAAAGAAUUAAAUGCUGAGGAAUAUGCUGAAUUCCUCGAAGAAAGAAAGAAGACUGUUGAGGAACAAAAGAAACUGUUGCAGGAGAAACGAGAAGCGAAAAUGUUGAGAACGGCUUAGUAUGUUAUGAGUAGAUUAGUGUAAUUUUAGUUGUGAAUAUACCCUAUUUAGAGUAAAACAAUUUUUUUUUAUCACUGCCUUUUUUCACUGUGAAAUCAGAGAUUGGUGGUGAUAUGCAUAAACUCAUAUUAACAUUUCAUUUUCUCGAGCAUCCAAUGUUUCUAAUUAUUUUUUCUCCUGUUACAACAUCGUUAUCUCCGUAAUGAUGGAGGGCUAGCUAAUGACAGAAGAGUGAAGAUAUAUUCCAACUGAACAAAAUGUCAUAACAUAACUAAAACACUGACUGUCUCUAAGGUAUGCUUAAAUCUUUAAAACUACCCAACGUAUUCUGUUCUGGGUUCUCAAUCAUUACACGUUACGCACUUUAUUUUAAUAGUUACUUAGGAGUGAGUGACUUAAUGUUUAUAAGUAAUUAGGCAUAUGACUUAACUUAUUAAUUUAACUGGGGCGGAUCGCUAGUUCCAAAUAAAACGCAAUAUUUCACAAAAUAUGAUAUUCUUUAUUAUUUCCUUAUUUUCCAUAUAAUGUGGAGUGCAUUAUUACUAAAGCUGCAUUUAAAAUGGCACAGUAGCUUCUCCCGAGUUACCAUUUUCACCCAAGUGAAAACGCUGAUAAGUAAAAUAAUUUUCAUUCGAUCUUACUAACAACAUUACAAAAAUAAUUACAAUGUUGGCAGAGUCUUAAAAGGCUAAAAUAAUUUUAACAACUAUAUUUAUACACUACAUACAAACAAAUUGUAUCUACCUACUAAUGAGGGCACACACAAUAAUUAUUAUUGGUUGAAAAUAUUGAGAAAAAUCUAUCCCUAAUGAAUGCACUAAGAAUGAUGCAGCAUACAUCAAUGCAUAUGAAACGGGCAGGCAUUGAUCAGAAUAGUAAUAGAAUUGCGCAUUGGCUACAUUACAAAAUUAUCAUGGAUGUCCCUACUUUGGUACCCUAAAAAUAUGAUUUCACAAUAAAAAUAUAGCAAUUUCCUAUACAGCUAUUGAAGAAAAAAAAACCUUAUCAGGUUAACUGUUCUUGUUAUAUGCCUUCAGCGGCAUUUCUCUUACAACUAAAUACAGCAGGAUAAAUUCGACUAUUCCAAAUUAUGUUUAAUUUAAUGCAAAUAUGAAUUAACUACAUAUCACAUGAAACAGUCUUGAGAAUAUGCCUUAACAAGAUAAAACCAAUAAUAAAAUAUUUAACAAUAUAGGUAUUCAUA